AUGGGAGCACACCACGACAUAAAGAAUCCAAUUUCUGAGCUUUGGAACGAAAAACACUGGAAACCAAAUAUUUAUAAUAAAGCUAUGCCCAGAAAUGUUUUUCAACUUAUCAAUGCUAACAUCGAGACUUACGAUGUCACAACUUUUCCGGAUGAAGUUGAGAAAGAGAGUUGUUUUAUGGGUGAUGAAGAAGAGAGUGAGGACAGUGCAUCCGAUGAAGAGGAAAAUCCAGAGAAUAAAGAAGAGACUGAAGAAGAAGACUAUUUGAGUUGUGAUGAGUGGGUCAAAAAACAUUUUGUUGACCUGACCGAAGAGAAGCUAAAAAAGGAUGUUGAAGUGAGACAAAAGUAA